AAAGUGAUCUGCACUUCCUCAUUAAUUAGAGCCGCACGGAGCCGGAUCAUUCACAUCCACCGAAGACAGCAGGUUAAAACUGCAGCCGCCUUUUCAAGCAUCUACUACAGAUCGAAGAUCAACGUCAAUCGGUUGUCUGUUUUGAGGAAUUUAGUCCACCAGGACGUCGCUGGAAUACGAUCGACCUAUUGUGGAUAUACAUAUUUCCAGCUUUUCAGAAGAAUAGAUUUAUUAUUAUCUCUCUCUCACUGUAGAACGUCUUCAACAGAUCGCGAUGUGUGAGGUCGGUAUGGAUCAGGUGGCUCCUUUGUCUUGCGGCUACCGCGGCAUUCUUAAGCGUCAGACUGCAUUUGAUGUCCUAGAAGACCCCAUGUCCUUAUUUGCGGGAUGCUAUCUUGCUUCAGAUGAUGAACAGUCAGUCCAGGAGGUGCCUUCAGGCCUUGACUCCAUUUCACUUGAUCUGGGCUCGUGCACCGUCCCUCUGCUGACGCCCUGCAGCAAAGCGGUCAUGAGCCAGGCUUUGAAGGCCAGUUUCAGUGGGUUUGCCAAGGAGCAGCUGCGCUGUGGUAUCCCCAACGACCCACGUGUGUGGAGCAAGAAGCAAGUUAUUCAGUGGCUUCGAUGGUCAGCGAGCGAGUUCAGUCUGGCCGGCGUCAAUUUCUCCAGCUUCAACAUGACCGGGCAGGAGCUCUGUGAUCUGGGCAAGGAGCGUUUCUUGGAGCUAGCUCCCGACUUUGUGGGGGACAUCCUCUGGGAGCACCUGGAGCAGAUGAUGAAAGAUGUUCAGGACAAACAGUCUCAGUGCAACAACACUAGUGUCCCUCCUACCACAAUGUCCAGGUGGAUUAACAACAAUUCCAUAGGAUUCAGUCUUGAGCAGACCCAGUGUGCUCUGCAGAUCUCUGAUAACACCAGCAGUCUGCUGAGAGAGCUGUUUGAGAGCACUGACAAGACCACAGUGUUGGCCACAGAACAAGACUUUCAGAUGUUUCCCAAACCCCAACUGCAGACUGUCAACAUUGGCUACUUCUCUGUCAACCAGGGCUUCUCAAGGAACAACCUAAACUCAGGAGUCUGUAAACCCUUUGCCUCACAGGAGCAGAGCUCUGUGGAGAGCAUGGACAGCUUCGACAGCAGCGAGUCAGCCCUGCGGUCCUGGAGCAGCCAGUCUUCUCUGGCGGACAUGCAGCGGGUUCCCUCCCAAGACAGCUUCGACGAGGACUGCAGCGCGGGGCCCCUGGGCCUGCACAAACAGGGGCUGUCCUUCAAAGACUACGUGCAGGAGAGAAACGAACCCCAGGAGCUGGGCAAGCCAGUCAUCCCGGCCUCUGUCCUCGCUGGAUUCACAGGAAGCGGACCGAUCCAGCUGUGGCAGUUCCUUUUGGAGCUGCUGACGGACAAGUCCUGCCAGUCUUUCAUCAGCUGGACCGGAGAUGGCUGGGAGUUCAAACUCACCGAUCCUGAUGAGGUGGCCCGGCGCUGGGGUCGUCGGAAGAACAAGCCGAAGAUGAAUUACGAGAAGCUGAGCCGGGGUCUGCGCUAUUACUACGACAAGAACAUCAUCCACAAGACGUCGGGCAAGCGCUACGUCUACCGCUUUGUCUGUGACCUGCACAACCUGCUGGGCUACUCCGCAGAGGAGCUGCACGUCAUGCUGGGAGUUCAGCCCGACACUGAGGACUGAACCGCUGUCCGUGCCCUGGAAAAAAAGGGGGAGAGGUGCCCUCCUGCCACUUUUUAAGUAACGGUUUCGGUCCUUUUUGAGGUCGUAUUUACGGUCUUUGAGCUGGUCACCCUGCACAAGAUGUCCUAUCUUGAAAUGUCAUUGCGCUGGUGGGUACAGCUGGAUAAGAACAGGAAUCUCUGUACAUGUUCGUCUGUAGAGAACUGAUCCUCAGCAUGUGUGGCGGAGGAAAGACCUUCUUUUAUCGCUUUUAAGCUUAAACUGCAAGAGCGCACUCGCACACACACACAGCCAACAAAGGGACGUCUGUUGUUCAAGGCCGUCUGGACUUUCGUCCUUCCUCUCCACCUCUGUUUUGCACUGCAGCUGCAAAAUCUGAUUUUGGAGGUGACAGGAGGACUGAUCGCACUUUCUGUGGAGAGAUAGACACGUAGCUGAUUGUCAUGGAAAUGAUUUGUGUAAAUAACUUGCUUAGGUCUGUUUUUAAGCAUUUUUGCUUCAGAGUAUACAUGGAGUUAGAAGUCAGAUAAACCAAAAAACAUCAAAAGAUUUACUUAUUAACUACUUUUCAUCAACUGCCAAUGAAAAUGACUUUGAAGUUUGCGUUUUGGGUACUGACAGACUGAAUUUAAAGGGGAAAAGGACAUUUUUUUUAAAGGCUGACUCCAACACAUACAUCUUUACAACACAUAAAGCAGUUAACAUCUCUCAUAAGGCUUUUGCAUAAACUGCUCUUAAAGAUCGUACAGCCACAUGUUUGAGGGGGAAUUGAUUUGUUUUGUAGAAAUGUACUUUGAAAGAAGCUAGUCUCAAAGAAUUUAAAAAUAUAUUUAUAUUGAGGAAUUCAUGUUUUUGAAUUUAAUGGAGACAGUUAAAUGUAUUGGUGAUUUGAUAGCAGGUUUACAUACAGUACUGUGUAAUUUAUUAUUAGACUGGAUUUAGUUAUUAUAUUGAGCUGUUAAACAUUAUGAUUAUUAUUCUAUAUGGCCAAAGUGAUACAAUGAUGUAAAUAGCUUUUUUUAAUUGUAUUAUGUAUUGUGUGCUUUCGACUUGUAUCAACAUCCCUGUGUAUGUGAUUUGUUUCAAAGUUGCAAGAAGUGUACUUAAGAUUAAUAAGAUUAAUUAAUGCUUAACCGUUCUUUUUAAAACAUUAAAAUUGACCCUUUUGUCUCAAAAGGAGCAACUUGUGUAGCAGCUUUUUAAACUGCACAUAAUUAAACCUUAAGAGGUUAACAAAUUCUUGUAAUAAAUCUUUAUUUUUUUCUACCCA